CUAUUGCAUAUAUAUAAAAGAAUACAUAAAACUACAUAUAUUUUUGAUGGAGGAAGAGGGUUCACCUAUUUUUGUUGAAAAUCAUUUAAAUAAAGAGCUUUCUAUCCUUAACAGCAAGUUAGUUGCAUCAAUUGAAAAACAAGCAAGCUUAGAAGACAAUAUUCAUUGGACUUACCAUGAAUUGAUGCUUGCUAAGGAAAGAAUUCGUGAACUAGAAGCAUCUCAAAAGGAUUAUAUGAAUCGGAUGGAACAGGCAUUAUUAGAAAAACAAGAAGUUGAAAAAGAAAUACAACAAUUAAUGGCACGUUUAAUGGAAGAAAAGCAACAGAGGGGUAAAGCAGAAAUAUAUAAACAUACUGUUGAAAAAGAAUUGGAAGAUUUAACAAAAACUCUUUUUGAAGAGGCAAAUAGAAUGGUUUCAUCGGCACAUCGAGAUAGAGAUCGAUUAGAAAAAUAUAAUGAACAUCUUCAGGCAAAGCUUAAAGAUACAGAGGGAUUAUUACAUUAUCAUGAAAAACAGCUUGCAGAAUUAAAGGAUGCAAUGCAACAUAUGUCGAAUGAAGAAGGGGCAUCGGUACCUUCUACGCCUAAAAAAAGUGAAAAUAGAAUAAGUAUAGGGAAAAAUAAUGAAUUGAUACGAGAGAUAGAAGAAGAGGAAAAGCAAGAAUCUUCGAUAUGUUCAACGGGUUUAUUUAUUCGUAGAGAUAUUCCUGUUUUUCAGGAAUUUAUGAAUUUUCUUCAAGGACUUCGUUCAUGGAAAAAUCAGACAUCUGAUACACAAGGAGUAAAUAUGACACUAACGUCAGGAACGUUGCUGAAUUCAGUUUCAUCACUAGAUUUUCCAAUGUAUCAUGGAUUAAAUGGGUCAUCAAAUACAUUACAAACGUUAACUACAUCAUCAUCAUCAUCAUCCUCAUUUUUUCAAUUAAAUAAUUUAGGGUCUUCUAAUUCUUUUAAAGAUUCAAAAUUUAUUAAGCGAUGUAUUUAUGAAGAUAUUGAGCCAACUCUACGAUUAGAUAAUUCUCCGACUUUAUCAUGGCUUGCACGACGAACUGUACUUUCUUCUAUUUUAGAUGGACAUCUUGUAAUCGAACCUGUUUCUUCUAAGUCUUUUGAUUUACCUUCUUUGUGCUCUUUAUGUGGUAAUAAUUGUUAUGAUGAGAAAGAUGCACGGAUUCAUCAGUUUCGUACUUCUGAAUCUCAGAAUCACCUUAAAUCCUAUCCUUUAUGUUCAUAUUGUUUACGACGAUUAAGAAGUGUAUGUAAUUUUACUGGAUUUCUUCGUCAACUCCGUGAUGGAUUAUGGAAAAUAGAUGAUGAAGAUAUUGAAAUUAAAGCAUGGGAAGAAGUUAUCCGGCAUCGAGAAGCUAUGUUUUGGUUAAGAAUAGGUGUUUCUGAUCAAAUGGAAUCCAUUCAAAAUAAAACUGAUUUUUUAUAAUAUCUUAUGUUAUAAACAGGGAAAUACAUUCACUUUAUAGAUUAAU